AUGAUGCAUCGCAGACACACCACCCUGCGGGAAAAGGGGCGCCGACAGGCCAUCCGAGGCCCUGCGUACAUGUUUAACGAACGUGGCACCAGUCUCACUACAGAGGAAGAGCGUUUUCUUGAUGCCGCUGAGUACGGAAACAUCCCUGUCGUCCGCAAGAUGCUUGAAGAGUGCAAAACGCUCAACUUUAACUGUGUCGACUACAUGGGCCAGAACGCAUUGCAGCUAGCUGUAGCCAAUGAGCAUUUGGAAGUCACAGAGCUGCUUCUGAAGAAGAAGGGGCUCGCCAGAGUGGGGGACGCCCUGCUGUUGGCUAUUAGCAAAGGCUAUGUACGAAUUGUUGAAGCUAUCUUGGCUCACCCAGCGUUUGCAGGAGGCCUGAGACUAACGUUAAGUCCCCUGGAACAGGAACUUAGAGAUGAUGACUUUUAUGCAUACGAUGAGGAUGGAACACGCUUUUCACAGGACAUAACUCCAGUGAUUUUGGCCUCGCACUGCCAAGAGUAUGAGAUUGUGCACAUUCUGUUGAUGAAGGGCGCCAGGAUAGAGCGGCCACAUGACUACUUCUGCAAGUGCAAUGAGUGCACGGAAAAACAGAAGCGUGACUCUUUUAGCCAUUCUCGUUCACGUAUGAAUGCGUAUAAAGGGCUUGCUAGCGCUGCCUACCUGUCACUUUCCAGCGAAGACCCUGUACUCACAGCUCUGGAGCUCAGCAAUGAACUGGCACGUCUUGCUAAUAUAGAGACAGAGUUUAAGAAUGAUUACCGCAAGCUGUCCAUGCAGUGUAAGGACUUUGUGGUAGGUGUGCUGGACCUGUGCCGGGAUACGGAGGAGGUCGAGGCCAUUCUGAACGGUGAUGUGGACCAGAUGCCACUCGCGGAGCACCAGCGGCCCUGCCUCAGCCGUAUCAAACUCGCCAUUAAAUAUGAAGUUAAGAAGUUUGUUGCCCAUCCUAACUGCCAGCAGCAGCUCUUAACUAUCUGGUAUGAGAAUCUGGCUGGCCUGAGGCAGCAGUCCAUAGGAGUGAAGUGUCUCACUGUGCUAGGAGUAACAAUAGGACUUCCUUUCCUUGCCAUCGCUUAUUGGAUCAUUCCCUGCAGCAAGCUGGGUCAGAUUCUCCGCAGUCCCUUCAUGAAGUUUGUGGCACAUGCCGUCUCCUUCACCAUUUUCUUGGGCCUGCUGGUGCUGAACGCUUCGGACCGCUUCGAGGGAGUGAAGAAUCUCCCCAAUGAGACCAUCACAGAUCAUCCACGUCAGGUGUUCCGGGUCAAAACCACUCAGUUCUCCUGGACAGAACUCCUCAUCAUGAAAUGGGUGCUGGGUAUGAUCUGGUCCGAGUGUAAAGAAAUUUGGUCCGAUGGUCCGCGCGAGUACGUCAUGCACCUGUGGAACGUUCUGGACUUCGGCAUGCUGUCCAUCUUCGUCGCAUCCUUCACAGCUCGCUUCAUGGCGUUCCUAAAGGCAUCCAAAGCACAACUUUACAUAGACCUCCACGUGCCCAAUCAUGACAUCAGCAACGCCUCACUGCCUGCUGACAUCGCAUACUUCACUUAUGCGAGGAAUAAGUGGAGACCAUCCGACCCUCAGAUUAUCUCGGAGGGUUUGUAUGCCAUCGCAGUGGUCCUGAGUUUCUCGCGCAUCGCCUACAUCCUGCCAGCCAACGAGAGCUUCGGGCCGCUGCAGAUCUCGCUGGGGCGCACAGUUAAAGACAUCUUCAAAUUCAUGGUCAUCUUCAUCAUGGUCUUCGUUGCCUUUAUGAUUGGCAUGUUCAACCUGUACUCAUACUACUUAGGAGCCAAGUACAACCCUGCCUUUACAACGGUGGAGGAGAGCUUUAAAACGUUGUUCUGGUCCAUUUUUGGCUUGUCGGAGGUGAUCUCGGUGGUUCUGAAGUACGACCAUAAGUUCAUUGAGAACAUCGGCUAUGUGCUGUACGGUGUGUAUAACGUGACCAUGGUGGUGGUCCUGCUCAACAUGCUCAUAGCCAUGAUAAACAGCUCCUACCAGGAAAUAGAGGAGGACGCUGAUGUUGAGUGGAAGUUUGCUCGUGCUAAGCUCUGGUUGUCAUAUUUUGACGAAGGCCGCACACUGCCCGCCCCCUUUAACCUGGUGCCCAGUCCCAAGUCUUUCUAUUAUCUGGCCCUGCGCACCAAAGCAUGUCUCGUGCACCUCUGUAAGGCCAAAGGUCAUCGGCACGAAAAUGAACUGGAGAUGGGCAUGCUUAACUCAAGACCAAAGCUGGAUCGAUACCGUGCUAACUCGAGAAUCAGAGAGGAGAACACGGUGAAGAAACCCAUCAAAAACCCCACACGCUACCAGAAGAUUAUGAAGCGUCUUAUAAAGAGGUAUGUUCUAAAGGCGCAGGUCGACAGGGAGAAUGAUGAAGUUAAUGAAGGUGAGCUGAAAGAGAUAAAGCAGGAUAUCUCCAGCCUGCGCUACGAGCUGCUGGAAGAGAAAUCUCAGGCCACUGGAGAACUGGCCGACCUCAUUCAACAACUUAGUGACAAGUUCAGCAAGAACGACAAAAAACAGCCCUGA